GGGGUUGGCACGCAGCUGCUGAGGCUAGUGGGGGACAGACUUCAGGAGGAGAAAUCCAGAGACUAUCAUGGCGGGGAAGCCCAAGCUUCACUACUUUAAUGGACGUGGAAGAAUGGAGUCCAUCCGGUGGCUCCUGGCUUCAGCUGGAGUAGAGUUUGAAGAGAAAUUUAUAGAAACUCCAGAAGACUUGGAUAAGUUAAAAAAUGAUGGACAUUUGUUGUUCCAGCAAGUGCCAAUGGUUGAAAUUGAUGGAAUGAAGAUGGUCCAGACCAGAGCCAUUCUCAACUACAUUGCCACCAAAUACAACCUCUAUGGGAAAGACAUAAAGGAGAGAGCUCUGAUAGAUACAUACACAGAAGGUGUGGCAGAUUUGAAUGAAAUGAUCCUCCUUUUGCCUCUGUGUCCACCUGAUCAGAAAGAGGCCAAGAUUGCCCAGGUCAAAGAGAAAAUAACAGCUCGUUAUCUCCCUGCAUUUGAAAAAGUGUUAAAGAGCCACGGACAAGACUACCUUGUUGGCAACAGGCUGAGCAGGGCUGACAUUCACCUAGUUGAAGUUCUCUACUAUGUGGAAGAGCUUGACCCCAGCCUUCUGGCCAACUUCCCUCUGCUGAAGGCCCUGAAAACCAGAGUCAGCAAUCUCCCUACCGUGAAGAAGUUUCUGCAGCCUGGCAGCCAGAGGAAGCCUCCCAUCACUGAGAAAAGUUUAGAAGAAGCAAAGAAGAUUUUCAGGAUUCCGUGAAGCAGGCAUGGAUGCCCAGCACUUGCAUCUGGGAUUUCUGACAGUGAAGUGCAUUCCCUGAUGUAGAUCCUGAUGAUUGUGAGGCUAGUAAAGUUUUCAAAAGUAUGUGCUAAUUUCAUCUACACUGAAGAUUUGCAAAGCAAUUUAUUUUGUUUUUACCAAAUAUCAAAUCAUGAUCACCUCCUAAGAUGUCUCUUGGGCUUAAAAAUAAAGGGAGAAAAAAUUUAA